GAGGGCUCGGUCGUGCCGAAUGGUAUAAAGCCUUCAGCAUGCCUUCGUCGGCAUCCUACGAAGGGCAUCAUCGUCCUCAUAGUAUCCAGUAAACGACCACAUUUCUCAGCUUGUCUUAUUGAUACCCAGUUACCAUGUCAGCCACAGUCAAAGUAGCUGUCACGCAACACGAGCCUGUGUGGUUCGACCUCCAGGCGACAGUGGACAAGACAUGUCGCUUGAUCGAGGAGGCAGCGAGCAAUGGCGCGCAACUUAUUGCAUUUCCUGAAGUCUGGAUUACAGGCUAUCCAGCAUGGAUCUGGGCCCGCCCUUUAGACCCCCCACUGGCAACCAAAUACAUCAAGAACUCAUUGUCCUACAACUCUAAAGAGAUGGACCAGAUCUGUGCCGCCGCUCGCAAGGCCAACAUCACCGUCGUACUUGGUUUCUCGGAAAACGACCACGACUCUCUCUACAUUUCGCAAUGCACCAUCGCCUCGUCCGGCACCAUCGUCAUGAAGCGUCGCAAGUUCAAGCCUACGCACAUGGAGCGCACUGUGUACGGGGACGCUGGCGGCUCCAGCCUCAACAACGUGAGCCAGAUCGAUGGUGUUGGCCGCGUCGGCGCCCUAAGCUGUUGGGAACAUAUCCAACCGCUGCUCAAGUACCACACGAUUAGUCUGAGAGAGCAGAUCCACGUCGCCGCUUGGCCGCCGCUGCAUCCGCACACGGAUGAUAACCAAGGAUUGUUUAGUAUGACAGCCGACGGCUGUGCGUGUCUCUCGCAGACGUAUGCGAUGGAAUCAAGCACAUUUGUAUUACACACCACUUCAGUUAUGACGAACACGGGUGUGGACGCCCAUAAAUCCGAAGGAACCUUAUUUGGUGCCAGCGGUGGUGGACACUCCGCUGUGUAUGCUCCUGAUGGGAGACGACUGACGAAACCAAUCCCUGCGGACAAGGAAGGGUUUGUGUACGCUGAUUUGCCGAUGGAUAUGCUGGUCGGUCUCAGACACUUUGCCGAUCCUGUAGGACAUUACAGCAGGCCAGAGUUGCUGUGGCUCGGAGUUGACAGCAGGGAAAAGCAGCAUGUUAGGAGAGAAACGGAUCUGGGUGGAGGCCACAGGCUCGCAACGUUAGAUCGUGGUAGCGCUAUCCCUUUGGAAAACGCAGGGAGUGAGAAGCUGAAGGGGAACGCCACGCCUCAGGGUGCCUACUGAGGGUUGCAGAGAAGCUUUGUCGAAGCCCGUUUGCCUGUCCGCUGCCAGGGUGUACCGACUGAGUUACAUGGGUAAGCUUUUAGUAUGCUUAUGCCGAGACACUGGUCUACAAUGAGUGUUCCGCAUAUCAAAUCCAGAAUCAAUGCUCUCAAAGGAUGCUCAUGCUGAAUUAUCAAUUCUAAGAUCGCCUCGUAGCGGAGACAGCGACGGACUCGGAGCUGAUCCUUGGCGC